GGCGUCGCGUUCGGUUCUCACUGGAGGUGGUGUUUUGUUGCGCCCAAGUGUAAACGGUUAUUUGCUUCCCUGCUCAGUUAGCUAGUUUGAGUUUAUGCGGUGACUAGGGGUUAAUCUCGUGCGCGUCCCCUUCCAAGACAUUCGGCUCAAUUCGUUCGUUAUUGUUGCUAAUAAGUUUGCGUUUUCGGUUCGGUUGGCGAACUAAAGAUUGCUAUCCAUCGAACACAGGACCGCUGUCCAUUAAAGGAAAAAUAAUCGACGGUUUAGGAUUAAGCAGCAAUUUAGAGCUUAAGCUUGUUUUGUGUCAUGUGAGAAAGUGGAUAACGGGAGGUGAAGCAGACGAAGGUUCGCUUUAAGGAAGGCAAAAUUUCAUGACAUCCUAUUUUGUGCUGGUUGGUGAGACUUGAGCGCGUUGCGCGGUUGAAAAAAAAAUUGACCGGCCGGAUUGAGAAGAGACCGGUUCGACGAAUUUCCGGCAACGAUCAACGACGGACUGUUGGCGAUGAGUGAAGCGAUACCACGAGAAUCGAACAAAAAUCGGCUGGAAAUAAACAGUGCAUGAAAGAGAAGAUUGGUUAAUUGAUUUUUUUUCGCGGCGAAGAGUUGAAUACGAAUAUGAAUAACACAAACGUCGAAGAAUGAGUUCGAUUGUCACCGAUUCUUAUCAAGCCGAACGGAGAUAAUGAAUGUGAAUGAGUUAGUGAAAAGAUAAUUCAGGUUUUCAGGUGAUUACGUGCCCCAAUCAACAGACACCUUUGUCGUUCUAGAACCGGACCUGAGUGGAUAAAUUACUCUUCUAAUUAAUGGAUUAAGAUUUCAGUUCGAGUGCUUUGCUGGAUAAAGAAGAAAACGACGGGAUCAAACGGCGCAGAAGGAAAAGAAGGCCCCGGAACAGGCAGGCCGAAGAUUCUACACACCGGCCACGGUCGUCGGUAUGGCGGCAGUGCAACCGAAGUGAACGAGUGACCUUUCGUGCGAGUAAAAUUAAACGCAAUGAACUUAGUGAAACCAGCCGUUCCGGAGGGUUUUGCCACCAUUCGGACGCGGGGCCUUACACGGAGUACCAGCCGAGCUGAACAAGUUGCGGCUUCCCGGAGGAGUGCCGGUCCAAUGAAAGCCGCCGGUUCCGGUCCACUGUACGAGCACAACGGCGGUAAUGGUUUGGCGUACAAAAGUACUUCCGCGACAUUGAUUUGUGUUCCACCGCCGGUUCCACCGAGAACCACUUCGGAACUUACGAUGCGAAAUGACGUUAAGGAGCUUGAUGAGAAAAACUCCUAUCGUGACGAAGACGACAUCUACUCUACAGCUACUCUGACCUACGAAACUUUUAAACCACUGAAAAGUCCAACGCUAAACUCGGAAUCAUCGGAUUACGUGAAUUUAGGGCAGUCCACAGAUUGUUUGGAUCGGUUGAAUUAUGACUUCGAGAUGCCACCGCUCAAAAGUCCGCAGUACAUCACAGAACUUAAAUUGAUCCAAUCGAAAGCGAUGGAAAGUGGUAGCCUUUUUUCCAGACCCGAUAGCCCACCGUACAGUAAAAUACGACACAGCUACCGAUCUUCAACGCCGGAGAGUUGCGAUUGUUCUUCCGGAUCGUCCACUUAUUCGAAUCCGACCAACAGCGGAAAGAACAGCAGCUUGAGUGGUUUUCUGGGACAGGAAGAGACGGCGAAACCACCGCCGAAUCCAAAAUCACUCUCGCUACAGUACCGAAAGUCCUACUCCAGCUCGCGAUCGGAGAUCAUCUACGAAGAAUCGAAAAAGCUGAUCAACGGCAGUCAAUCGAGUGACACCGAUUCCGGUUACGAUGGCAGCCAGAGCAGCUACUCGAAGAUUCACAAAAGUGCCGAACUGCUGAACGUGGUGGAUUCGAAUGGUCGGUUGCCAGCGCCACGGCUAGGGACGAGGGGAUGCUCCACGUUGGGACAUUCGCGGGAUGUUCACAUUGCUGGAAACGGUUAUCCUCGGUGCGGCGAAAGUAAGUCAACCCCGGCGCUGGACGAAACUGGCGAUGUCGACGUCGACGUCGGUGACCGCAAACCGGAGAAGCUGCUGGAGCAGAAAGUAGGCGAUCAGACAACUCUCCGGAGUAAGCCGGUUAUUCCGUGGUACGAGUUGGCCAUCCGCAAGGAUCACCGCCAGAGCUGUCCGCCGUUGCAGACUCACGUUGUGGAGGCCUUCGAGCAGAGCUUGAUUAAUGUGUCCCAGAAGCUGCAGAAGCUGACCGUUUCCAAAGAUCAGAAGGGGGAUGAAAUCCAAGAGAUGAGGCAAACAAUCGAACUUCUGCGGCAGCAGUCGGCUGGAAUUGCCGCCACACAGCUGUUAGCUUUGAGCUCUGCCCAUGGAACGACAACCAGUGGAACGACGAAAACCACCUCGAAACAACCACCGCCUCCACCACCUUCGAAAAGUGACAUGAAGCGCCAUCGAAGUGCUGAUUCAAUGAAUUCGAUUAGCUCGUCCGGAAUCAGCGGCUCGGUUCCGCAGGAUAAGCCGAAGAAGAAGGGCGGUUUGCGAUUAUCAUUGACCAGAGCAUUUUCUCGUGGUAGCAAAGAUUCGAAAUCAAAUCGCCCGGUUAGUCAGCACUCCAACCCGGGUAGCGUUGAUGGGUCCUUACAAGGAUACCGAAGCCACGAAGAUAUCUGCGCUAGUCCGCCUUUAUCACCGACUAUGCCCAGUCCACCUGAUUCUACCAGUCCGGUUCAAAACGUUGAUCAACAGCUAGCCUACGAUCUGGACGGAAACCCGGUGGUAGAACACUUGGUGAAACAGCUCCGUCAGAAGGAACUAGUCCUGACCGACAUCCGGAUGGAAGCGUUGACCACUGCUUCGCAGGUGGAAAACCUUAAGGAUACCGUAAUGAAAAUGCGUCAGGAGAUGAUCAACCUAAAGCACAACAACGAAAGACUACAGCACAUGGUCACGCGGCGUUCGAUAUCCGGCAGUGAUGCGUCACUGCGAUCCACCAGUCCGUCCAGCAGUUCGGCCGCUGAUUACCGGCGGCAUAGUGCCGCAACCGAGUACCUGCACGGUCGGCCAAUGUUCGAUGUAAAUUUGGACGAAUGUGACGAAGACAGUAUGCCACCGGCUCCGGCACCGGAACCGCCGCCAGAACCGCUCAGUCCGGCAUUCAUUGCCGACCUGUCGCCGUCGGUUGAACGACCCUCGAUAGCCGAUGGAAUCACUGCCCUGCCGGGUGAAUCGCAGACCGAUCAUAUCGAGGGUAAGAAGAUUGCCAUCGCCGUUUAUCUCGGGCAGAUGGAUCAGUUCAGCAAAUAUCUGGAGACGAUGAACGAAAGUGGUCACCUGGAGAAUGGAAAGAUCAAGCAGAAUGAGUUCACGAUCGCUUUCACCUACAUAUCGGGGAAAACUGCCUGGCAAAGUCUAGACUACAUUGUGGGACGAAGUUUCCGAGAUUUUCUGGAGCGUGUCGAUCCGAGCGGUAAUCUGGGCCUGAACACGGAAUCGAUUGCCAGCUACCAUCUGGGAGAAGCGAGGCGGUCGCAUGAACUCUACCUGCCGGAACUGCUGCCGUACGGAUACAUUAUUGGCCAUGUCGAUACGCUGUACAUCUGUCUCCGGGGAGUCAGCAACGUAGCGUUGGAUAAUUUGAUCAUAAAAAACAUGGUCCUGCGGUACAAAUCGUCGGCCGUGGUCGAUCCGAGACGGUCAAAUCCGCGUGAUUCGACGGAAUCGAUUGGAAAUUGAAACGGUUUUGUUUGAAGUUUCUGUUUUUUUUUGCUUUGGAAAGUUUGCCGCUGAUGCCUUCAGCUUGUCGCAUCCGAUUGGCUAAUUUGUAAUUUAUGAAACUCGGUUUUUUUUUGCUUUGCGUUAGGAUUAGGAAUACGGUUUGGAGGUCUGCCCAUGAAUUAGGUCGGUUUGUUAAGGAAACGGGUCGCAGGGCGAUUCAGGUGGCCAUCCGACGUAUCACGGAAUUCGGAACACGGGUCGAGUAGAUGCUCGACCGGUUGUUAAUUUAUUUAUUGAAGGAUUUCACUUACAAAUUAGCCUAGGAAGAGACUGAUGUGUGGAAGAAAACGGUUACGUUUGAGUGUACCCUGUUAAGCUUACUUGUUAGAGAUCUGCCUUACACUUACAGCCUUACGAAAUAAACGUUUAGUGAAUAUUUACCGGUCAGUUAGUUGAAAUUUUCGCUAUUGGGAACGAUUCAACGAAUUAGAGUCUUAUUAUUAAAUAGAAUAUUGACAGG